ACGCCGGGGCCGUGGCUCCCAGAAUGCCUGUCGCGCAGAAAGCGGGCGGGGAUCUCUAUGGAAACGGGGCCUAACGACAAAGAAAGAAAUCUGAAGCUACACAUCUCCAGUACUCAGUAGAGAAGUUAGAAAAAAAAUCGAGCCGACAGGAACAGUCUGGGGAAGAGUAGGGACGGGGUGUGGCAGGGGCAAACGUGGAUUGAUUCCGCGUUCAGUCACCGGGCAAUGCUCGGCGUUUGGGAAUCGGGGAAGGCCCGUGAACGGGACCAAAGCUAGGCGGUAUUGGAUACAGUGGAAAUAUAGUAUUUUGUUGUGUUUCAUGACCGAGGAAGAUAGGGCCCCAUCUAGACUAUAGAUUCCAUCAGCAUCAUGUCAUUCAGAGACCUGAGGAACUUCACUGAGAUGAUGAGGGCUCUGGGGUAUCCCCGUUUGAUCUCUAUGGAAAACUUUCGGAUUCCGAAUUUUCCUUUGGUAUCAGAGAUUCUCAUUUGGCUCGUUAAAAGAUACGAACCCCAGACAGAUAUCCCAACAGAUGUAGAUACAGAACAGGACCGAGUUUUCUUCAUCAAAGCUGUAGCACAAUUCAUGGCUACUAAAGCUCACAUUAAGCUCAAUACUAAGAAGUUAUACCAGGCUGAUGGAUAUGCGGUGAAAGAGUUGCUGAAGAUUACUACUGUUCUCUAUAAUGCUAUGAAAACAAAGCGAAUGGACACAAGUGAGGAUACAGAAGAAGAUAGUUCAAAAUUCAAAUUUGACUUGGGGUCGAAGAUAUCAGAUUUGAAAACUGCCAGACAACUAGCUUCUGAGAUUACCUCCAAAGGAGCAACUGUAUUUGAUUUGUUGGGAAAAGAAGUAGACCUGAGGGAGAUGAGAACAGCUGCAAUAGCCAGACCACUGGAAAUCAACGAGACUGAGAAGGCAUUAAGAGCUGGAAUUAAAGAAAUUAUAGAACAAGUGCAAAGGACCAAGGAAAUGCUGAACAAUGUUGCCUCUGAUGAAGCAAACCUGGAGGCUAAGAUUGAAAAGAAGAAGAUGGAGCUGGAGAGGAGUAAGAAGCGGCUGCAGACCUUGCAGAGUGUCAGGCCAGCUUUCAUGGAUGAAUAUGAGAAGAUUGAAGAGGAGCUCCAGAAACAAUACGAGACCUAUGUGGAAAAGUUUCGUAAUUUGUGCUACUUGGAGCAGCAGCUUGAAGACUUGCACAGGAUGGAACAGGAAAGGUUUGAGGAAACUGAAAAUACACUACGGCUGAUGCAGAAUAAAUUGAAGGAGGAGGAAAAGAGGCUUAUGAAAAAUACAGGGAAAGACGAUGAUUCUGACAAUGAGCUACAGGAAGAUGAAGGCUCAGAUAGUGAACUAGAAGACAGAAGACCACUAAAACCACGUCUUACCAGGGAACUGCCUGUUCAGGGCAGAGUUGGUGGUCGCGUGGUCGGGACAAUGCACGGAGGUGACACUGAGGAUGAGGAAGAUUCGGAUGACAGUGAAAUUGAUGUUGAAGAUGAAGAAGAUGAAUAUGAAAUUGCUGAAGAUGAUGAUGAAAGUAUUGAUAUUCAACCAGAACAGUCUUCAAGUAGAAUCCACAAGCAGGAGCUUGAUGAAAGUGAUAAUGACUUCUAGUCCUGACCCUGAGCAACAGCUGUGUAGACAAUGCUUCCUGAUCUUCCUCCAAUUCCUUUUAGAGCUCUAUUAUUACAGAAAAGACCCAAACCCUUCAGUGCAUAACCAACAUGUGGAGGUGUUAGAAUAGUAGAGACAGCAGGUCCAUCUCUGAUGGAUUAAGUACAGGACACUUAUUAGUACUAACAAAAACAUUAAUUAAAUUUUCUCUUGCUCUGAAGUCAGCCUUUUGUUCCAAUCCAAGUAAAAAUCUCCUGUAAGUGAUUAUCACUUUAAAACAGGUAACUUUCGAAAUAUUCACUUGUUGCAAUUUUUAAAGAUGUAGCAGAUGCAAGUAGGAAAGAGAAAUUAACUGAGCAGAUUUUAAAAGUCCAGACAUUGGCAUCUAGGAUCCCAGAAAAGUGGAUGCUAAAUCUCAAUGAUUUUUCAUUGAGAGCCACUAUUAUAUAGUCACAACAUCUGGAUUUUUAUAGGCAAGGCAAUGACCAGUAUAAGUGUAACGUAAGUGGAGUGAGAGCUGUAAGACUUACAAAAGAAAUUUUGUAAUUUCUUUCCAAUUACAAAAUUGGAAAGAAAUGCAGUAGGGAUUUGUUGAGACCAAAUAGUGUUUAACUAAAUUACUUGAACUUUUAAAAUGAGAUGUACUUUUUUAAAAAAAAUAAAUCUGUUCAACCAUG